AUGGCUGGUAGAGUGACACACUUGUUGUUGCCUUCCAAAAGGCUCCAAGGAGGCAUUUCUAUCUCUCUCAGAAACCUCACAAAGCUCUCCCACCUCAAUCUCUCCCACAAUUCAUUUUCUGGUUCACUUGUACCUGAAUUGUUCUUGUCCUUGAAUCAUCUUGAAAUCCUUGAUUUGAGCUACAACCUUCUCACUGGAGAGCUACCCAUGUCUGUACCAUUCAGUUAUAUCCGAACUCUUGGAUUCUCUUCCAAUGGAUUCAAUGGAAUAAUUCUUCCUGGACUACAGAACUGCUCCAAGCUUGAGGUCCGACGUGCUAGUUGCAAUGAUCUUUCAGGGCCCCUUCCUAGUGACAUUUACAAUAUUCCGACACUUCAAGAAAUUUCAUUACCUUCCAAUAAGCUUUUCCGACCAGUUAGUAACAGCAAUGUCAAUCUUAUCAACCUCAGAAUCUUAGAGCUCUACUUCAAUAAGCUGACAGGGUCGCUUCCUCUCAAUGUUGGGAAGCUCUCCAAAGUUGAGGCUCUUAAUCCGUCAUUUAAACGACCUACAAGGUUCUCUGCCACCAUCUUUGAUGAAUUGCACAACCCUUAUAGAGCUGAAUCUGGGAUUCAAUCAAUUAGGAGGAGAUAUCUCCAAUAUUGCAAGCUUAAUUUCUCCAGACUUACUCGACUUAGUAAACUUGACCUUGUGGGAAAUCACUUCCCUGGUACCUUGCCAAUAAGCCUUUACUCAUGCAAAUCUCUGAAAGCAUUGCGACUGAGCUCGAAUAAUCUAGAAGGACAAAUAAAUCCCGAGAUGCUAUCACUGAAAUCCCUGUCUUUCCUCUCCCUGGCUCAGAAUAGACUGACCAAUGUCACAGGUGCAAUGCAGAUAUUGAUGGGUAGCAAAAGUCUCACGGCGUGCGAGGCUAAUCCGGUUUUGGGGAGGCAUGCAAGAGGUGUGCAUGUUGGCGUUGGGCGUUGCCUAUGGGUGCUGCCGGUUAUUACAGGUUCGCUGGACAAAAGUACUAGUGGCUUCUUCUUGUCCUUGACCCAUCUUGAGGUCCUUGAUUUGAGCUAUAACCUUCUCUCCGGAGAGCUACCCUUGUCUCUACCAUUCAGAUAUAUCCGAGUACUGGAUUUAUCCAACAACCGAAUUAAAGGCACAAUUCCAUCUUCAUUCCUCCAGCAUGCCUGGAAUUUGAGCAGUUUAAAUGUCAGCAACAAUCACUUGACAGGCCAAAUCCCAUCCUCUCUCUGUCUUCAUUCCUCUUCGGUUAGACUCUUGGAUUUCUCUUUCAAUGAAUUCAGUGGAAUCUUUCCUCCUGGACUACUGAACUGCUCCAAGCUUGAGGUCCUACGUGCCGGUUUCAAUGAUCUUUCAGGGCCCCUUCCUAGUGACAUUUACAAUAUUCCGACACUACAAGAAAUUUCAUUACCUUCCAAUAAGCUUUUCGGACCCGUUAGUAACAGCAUUGUCAAUCUUACCAAACUCAGAAUCCUAGAGCUCUACUUCAAUAAGCUGACAGGGUCGCUUCCUCUCGAUGUUGGGAAGCUCUCCAAGUUGAGGCUCUUAAUCCUUAAUUUAAACGAUCUACAAGGUUCUCUGCCACCAUCUUUGAUGAAUUGCACAGCCCUUAUAGAGCUGAAUCUGGGAUUCAAUCAAUUGGGAGGAGAUAUCUCCAAGCUUAAUUUCUCCAGACUUACUCGACUUAGUAAACUUGACCUUGUGGGGAAUUGCUUCACCGGUACCUUGCCAAUAAGUCUUUACUCAUGCAAAUCUCUGAAAGCAUUGCGACUGAGCGGAAAUAAUCUAGAAGGACAAAUAAAACCCGAGAUGCUAUCACUGAAAUCCCUGUCUUUCCUCUCCCUGGCUCAGAACAGACUGACCAAUGUCACAGGUGCAAUGCAGAUAUUGAUGGGUAGCAAAAGUCUCACGGUACUGAUUUUGUCACUCAACUUUUUUGGUGAAGAAAUGCCAGAUGGAGAUGGAAUGAUUGAUUCUGCAUUCCAAAAUCUUAGGCUUUUUAGUUUGUCCAGUUGCCAACUUACAGGUCCCAUACCAUUAUGGCUGUCAAAGCUGAAGAAACUUGAAAUCCUUAAUCUCUCUUCUAAUAGAGUCACUGGCACUAUUCCUGGUUGGUUAGGGACUCUUCCAAAUCUGUUCAAUGUAAUCUUGAGAAAUAACUCCCUUUCAGGUGAAUUUCCAAAGGAGCUUUGCAGAUUACAAGCAUUGGUAUCACCACGAAAGGCUGCAACUCAAACAGGCCAUGGUUAUUUUGAACUACCCACGUACUCCCAAUUCGAACGCACUAAUGCGUCCAUAACUCCCUUGGAGUACAAGAAUCUGUCCAAUAUGCCAACAGUAAUAGACAUCAUGAACAACAGUCUAAGUGGACGGAUACCUACUGAGAUUGGUCAAUUGCAACUUCUUCAGAAGCUGGAUCUUAGCCUCAACAACUUGCUUGGCGGCAUUCCAAACCAGAUAUCUUACCUCACAAACUUGGAGAGAUUAGACCUCUCAAGAAACCAAUUGUCAGGGGCAAUCCCAGCUUCACUAUCAAGUCUUCAUUUCUUGUCAUCAUUUGCAGUUGCAUACAAUAAUCUCCAAGGACAAAUACCAUCAAGCACUCAGCUCCAGGGCUUGAGUGCCACUGCAUUUGAGGGUAACCCAGGACUUUGUGGAGCACCACUUCCAAUUAAUUGCGAACAGAUGAAUAGAAGUGGUAUAAAUAACAGGACCGAAGAUGUCCAUAAUGGCAGUGUAAUUCCAUGGUGGCAUAUUUCUGUGGCUCUUGGUUUCAUUACAGGAUUCUGGGGAGUUUGUGGACCUCUGGUGUUGAGCAGGUCAUGGAGAUGUGUCUAUUUCCAAUUUCUGUACGGGAUAAAAGAUAAGGUCAAGAACAUGGUACCAUAUGGCAGAAUGUAG